AUGUCGGACAUUUCUACUCCCCGAACGGGAUUGUAUGGCAAAACACCAUUCGGGAUGUUGCACAUACCGAAUGCACAUAUAACAGCCAAGCUUCUCUUGACAGUGUCUCAGUGUAUCCAAUCUCAAUUUUCCUUUCGAAUUCCACUGCGCCUAUUCCGAAGUUUUCGCCAUGACUACAGCAUCUCAAGCUGAGACUACAACAGUGGCUCAGCCCGCUAGUUUGCACGAAGGUCUUGAAAAAGAUUCCUCACCUUCAGCCUCUGCAGGCAACGAGUACGCAGAUUCCGAGGAGAACUAUAAGCCCAAAACGCUCAAAUUUUGGCUCGUCAUCAUCUCGAUCUAUCUGGCCUUUUUCCUUGUCGCUCUCGAUCGCAUGAUCAUUGCUACUGCUAUACCGGCAAUCACAAACACAUACGGAACUAUCGCGGAUAUAGGCUGGUAUGGUAGUGGCUAUAUGCUUACGUGCGCGAUCUUCAAUCCACUCUUCGGCAAAAUAUACCAGCUUUACGAUACUAAAUGCACGUUUCUGGUGUCCAUAUUCCUAUUCGAAGUUGGCAGUGCAUUGUGUGGGGCCGCACCUACUUCUGUUGUUCUCAUUGUCGGUCGCGCAAUCGCUGGUAUCGGAGCAGCUGGGCUUCAAUCUGGUGCGGUAAUGAUCAUCGUGCCUCUCGUACCAUUGCGAAGGCGACCUGUCUUCACUUCCUUUCUCGGUCUCGCAUUUGGAGUGUCAUCUGUAUUAGGACCCUUCAUUGGAGGCACCUUCACGGACAACCCGACCUUGACAUGGAGAUGGUGCUUCUACAUAAACCUCCCCAUCGGCGCCUUGACCUUCAUCUGCGUAUUCCUCUUCCUGCAUCUCCCUUCCGCGCCUAAAGAGAAGCUAUCCAUUCUCGCUCAGCUCAAGCGUCUCGACCCCAUAGGCCUUCUAUUCUUCGUACCAUCCAUGGUAUGCCUCAUCCUCGCUCUUCAGUGGGGAGGCUCGACCGAUCCCUGGUCAGCACCGAGAAUCAUCGGCCUGCUCGUCACAUUCGCCGUCACUUUCAUCGCAUUCUUGGUUGUGGAGUUUACGAUGCCGGACACAGCCAUGGCUCCACCCCGUGUCGUCUUGAACCGCUCAGUCGGUGGGGCCAUGCUGUUCAUCUUUCUCCUCGCUGGGGGCAUGAUGAAUGCUGUAUACUAUCUCGCCAUUUGGUUUCAGGCAGCCCAGGGCCAUUCUGCCAUGCAGGCCGGCGUGCGCACAAUACCGUUAUGCACAUCGCUUAUUGUCUUCGGCAUCUUCACCGCGGUGAUGACUCAGAAGAUCGGAUACUAUGUUCCUGCUUUGCUCCUUUCGCCCAUAAUCGCAUCAAUCGCCAGUGGCCUCCUUUCUACACUGACGCCGGACUCGAGCGCCAGUAAAUGGAUUGGUUACCAAAUCUUCUACGCGUGCGGACUUGGCUUCGGAGCGCAAACGGUAAACUUGGUGCCGCAGACGGUGUUGCCGCGUUCAGACGUUCCUCUAGGCAUGGCGAUGAUGUUUUUCCUGAAUCAACAGGGCGGUGCUAUCUUCCUUGCUGUUGGGCAGAAUCUGUUCUCGACCCAGCUUGUAAAGCAACUAUCGGGUAACUCCAACCUCGAUACCGAACUCAUCAUCAACACCGGUGCAACAGAUCUCCGGAAAGUGGUACCGGCGAACGAGAUCGACACGGUGGUAUCGGCGUACAGCUACUCGAUCACUCGGACGUUCCUGUUAGCCGCAGCACUCAGCGCUUGCACGAUCAUUGGAGCAUUGAUGGUAGAGUGGAGGAGCAUCAACGAAGGUGCGGGGAAGCCAGCAAAACAAGCGUCAAAAGACGUAGAGAAGGAGGCUGCUUGAUGUGAAGCACCAUGCAGCUGGAAUACAUGAAACUGAAGCAAUCGAUGGCGUUUAGGAUAGAGAAAUUGUAACUAGAAGACAGUCUAAUAUAGC